CACCCAUAAUCUCCAACCCUUUCUUCUUCUCCCAUCCGCAGGUCCGGAAUGAUCCCCAAACCCAACUGCUCCUCGACCGAUUCCUCAACGCCAAAAUGCAUCCAAGACCUAUUAUGCAACACCAGUGUGGCAUUAAACCUCACCGAGAUGGAGAUUGAAGACUUCUGCCUUGACCAAGACGAGUAUCUGGAGAAAUACCUCGGGCCAAGACGAUCCCCAGUGUUCCUGCCUGUAUGCCUGACCUACCUCCUGAUCUUCCUGGUGGGAGCGGUGGGAAACAUCCUUACCUGCAUUGUCAUUGCUAAAAACAAAGUCAUGCGGACGCCGACCAACUUCUACCUGUUCAGCCUGGCCAUUUCAGAUCUUCUAGUGCUUCUCCUGGGAAUGCCUUUGGAGCUUUAUGAAAUGUGGAGCAACUAUCCGUUCCUUUUAGGCAAGGGCGGUUGUUACUUCAAGACUCUUCUCUUCGAGACUGUUUGCUUUGCGUCGAUCUUGAACGUAACUGCUUUGAGCGUUGAACGCUACAUUGCUGUGAUUCACCCACUCCGAGCCAAAUACGUAGUAACCCGCACUCAUGCAAAGCGCCUGAUAUUGAGCGUCUGGAGCAUUUCCGUGCUUUGCGCCAUUCCCAACACGAUCCUCCACGGUAUAUUUACUCUCCCGCCUCCUAAAGGGAAAGCAGCAGGAGUCAUGCUCGACUCCGCCACAUGCAUGCUCGUGAAACCGCGCUGGAUGUACAACCUGAUCAUCCAAAUCACGACUCUGCUAUUCUUCCUGUUGCCCAUGUUGACCAUCAGCGUUUUGUAUCUGCUCAUCGGCAUGCAGCUGAAGCGGGAGAAGAUGCUGCAGGUCCUGGAGGCCAAAGCCAGUUCGGGCCUGGACAGCUCAUCUAAUGUGCGCAGUCAGCAGCAGAAAACCCGUCGCCAGCAGGUGACCAAGAUGUUGUUUGUUUUGGUGGUGAUGUUCGGCAUCUGCUGGGCUCCGUUUCACACCGACCGCCUGAUGUGGAGCUUCAUGGAUCAGAAGGACAGCGAGCACAUCGAGAUCUUUGAGGUCUACGAGUACGUCCACGUCAUCUCCGGGGUCUUUUUCUACCUGAGCUCGGCCAUAAACCCCGUCCUCUACAAUCUGAUGUCCACCCGCUUCAGGGAGAUGUUCAAAGAGGUGAUGUGCCACCAUAAAUGGCGUCCCGUCCCGAGAAAGCGCUCUCUGAGCAUGACCAGAGUCACCGUUCGCAGCACCGUCAGUGACGUCCCGCCAUGCAACGGCACUGUGACUAUUGAAGGAGACGAUUAUGACGUGGAUGAAGGUCAAGAAAAUAAGACAUGUCCCUAAGGUUGUGUAAAAUGUGUAGGAUUAUAUUUUAGAAGUGGUUAAAUUAAUCCUGGAGCUUUAACACUGAGUAAAUUGGUAAACAGAAGUGUAGUUGUACAUAAUGCCAGCCCGAUCUCACGAGAAAACGUUAGUAUUUUACGUUGGGUCAGUUUAGUGGCUAAUUCGUGCGAGUUCAGUUGUAUGAAAUUGUACGAUUUUAAA